AAGAGGCUGCGAGGGGGUGGGCCCCGCCUCCUCCUCCCUCUUUGCAGAUCCUGCGCCAGAGGAGACGCACGCUGCUGACAUUGUCUUCUUCGCGCGACUCCUACAACCGUCUCGAGAGCCUUCUCUCUCCUGUGCAGGAUGGCAACUCUUAAGGAAAAACUGAUUGCACCAGUUGCGGAAGAAGAGGCAACGGUUCCAAACAAUAAGAUCACCGUAGUGGGUGUUGGACAAGUUGGUAUGGCCUGUGCCAUCAGCAUUCUGGGAAAGUCUCUGGCUAAUGAGCUUGCUCUGGUGGAUGUUUUGGAAGAUAAACUCAAAGGAGAAAUGAUGGAUCUGCAGCACGGGAGCUUAUUUCUUCAGACACCUAAAAUUGUGGCCGAUAAAGAUUACUCUGUGACCGCCAAUUCUAAGAUUGUGGUGGUAACUGCAGGAGUCCGCCAGCAAGAGGGAGAGAGUCGUCUCAAUCUGGUGCAGAGGAAUGUUAAUGUCUUCAAAUUCAUUAUUCCUCAGAUUGUCAAGUACAGUCCUGAUUGCAUCAUCAUUGUGGUUUCCAACCCAGUGGAUAUUCUCACCUAUGUUACCUGGAAACUAAGUGGAUUACCCAAGCACCGUGUGAUUGGAAGUGGCUGUAAUCUGGAUUCUGCUAGAUUUCGCUACCUUAUGGCUGAAAAACUUGGCAUUCAUCCCAGCAGCUGCCAUGGAUGGAUUUUGGGAGAACAUGGCGACUCAAGCGUGGCUGUGUGGAGUGGAGUGAAUGUGGCAGGCGUUUCUCUCCAGGAACUGAAUCCAGAAAUGGGAACAGACAAUGAUAGUGAAAAUUGGAAAGAAGUGCAUAAGAUGGUGGUUGAAAGUGCCUAUGAAGUCAUCAAGCUAAAAGGAUACACCAACUGGGCUAUUGGAUUAAGUGUCGCUGAUCUCAUUGAAUCCAUGUUGAAAAAUCUGUCCAGGAUUCAUCCAGUGUCAACGAUGGUGAAGGGGAUGUAUGGCAUUGAGAAUGAAGUCUUCCUGAGCCUUCCGUGUAUCCUGAAUGCUCGGGGAUUAACCAGUGUUAUCAACCAGAAGCUGAAGGAUGAUGAGGUUGCUCAACUCAAGAAAAGUGCAGAUACUUUGUGGGACAUCCAGAAGGACCUAAAAGACCUGUGACUUCUGGCUUCUAGGCUGUAGGCAUUUAAAAACUACAAUGUGGUUAACCAUGAGUCUUUAGUCUUCAUCCAGGUACUUGCAUCACAGUUAGUUUUUAUCUUCCUAAAUAUGCGAAUCUGGGCUCAUGGAAUCAAAGCCCAUGCUUGGUUUAAUGCUUGCAAUAUGAGCCCUUGAACAAAUAAAAUCAACUAUUGUAGCGUG